CUGGGCGUGAGAAAAAUGAGAUGGACCGAACUGAUAACACUUUUUUGCCUGGGCUCUUCGUCUUAUAUAUAAUUCCUUCGAGCUCCAGUUUCUCACCAGUGACCAGUCAUGAAGUCCCUCGUGCUCUGCCUGCUCCUCGCCGGGGCCUUUGCCGCCCCCUCCAGGAAGCCCACCUUCCGCCGCGGUCUCAACAAGAUCGUCGGAGGAACUGACGUCACUCCUGGUGAGCUUCCUUACCAGCUCAGCUUCCAGGACGUCUCCUUCGGCUUCGCCUUCCACUUCUGCGGCGCCUCCAUCUACAACGAAAAUUGGGCCAUCUGCGCCGGCCACUGCGUCCAGGGCGAGGACAUGAACAACCCCGAUUACCUUCAGGUUGUUGCUGGAGAGCACAACAGGGAUGUGGAUGAGGGCAACGAGCAGACGAUCGUCCUUUCCAAGAUCAUCCAACACGAGGACUACAACGGUUUCACCAUCAGCAACGACAUCUCCCUGCUCAAGCUGUCUCAGCCUCUGACCUUUAACGACUACGUGGGCCCCAUUGCCCUUCCCGAAGCAGGUCACGCUGCCUCUGGUGAAUGCAUCGUGUCCGGCUGGGGCGCUCUGUCUGAAGGAGGAAGCUCCCCCAGUGUCCUCCAGAAGGUGUCCGUUCCCAUCGUGUCUGACGCCGAAUGUCGCGAUGCUUAUGGCCAGAACGACAUUGAUGACUCCAUGAUCUGUGCCGGAGUGCCCGAGGGCGGCAAGGACUCGUGCCAGGGUGACUCUGGCGGCCCCCUUGCUUGCUCUGACACCGGCUCCCCCUACCUGGCCGGCAUCGUGUCCUGGGGCUACGGCUGUGCCCGUCCCAACUACCCUGGCGUCUACACCGAGGUUGCUUACUUCGUUGACUGGGUCCAGGCUAAUGCUGUCUAAAUGACCAUAAUUACAUGAAAUAAAGAUUCAGAUUGUGAAAAAAU